AUGGACACCAUCGAUCAACUCGCCGAUUUCGAAUCCCUCCUGGAACAGGUAAGACAUGUCAAAAACGACUGGAAUGUCCCGAUUCAGGAUCAAGCUGAGUAUUUUCACAAAACCUUAGUCCGCCAGAUUGAGUCCUUCUCCGAAAUAGAGAAGAAGCACUUGUACAGAUACCUCAAGCUCAGCCGCCAUAAUGAAGAGCUCCAGGCUUCCUACGAUCAGCUGAACGAGUCGCUCAGCCAAGAACUGCGCAAUGUCGAGCGCAAGAAUGCAGAGCUGCAGAACGCCAAAAGUGCCCUGAGAGAGGCGCAGAAAGAUUGCGAGGCCAAGGAAGAGUACAUCCGCGACGCCGAGACAGCGAAUGCUGCGCUCAAGGAGAAGAACAACGAGCAGAGAAGCCUGAUCAAAUCGUACAAGCAGGAUUGGAAAGCUAUGAAAGAAGAGCUGGAGCUUCGUGACAGAACAAUUGACGAUUUGCAGACGAACUUGCGGAGCAAGGGCGCGCUUGUCGACAAAUAUGAGCGCGAAAUCGAGCAGUAUCGAAAGCAGCGUAAAGAAUGGGAACGGCAAGUGGAUGAAGCCGCCCAAUACCUGGACGACAAGAGCGAGGUCUUGAAAUGGCUCAAUGAAGUGAGCAGGCCUCUGAAAGCCAAAACAAAAGUAUCAGCUUCUGACGCGUCAAGUUCAGGAUCAUCAAGAUCUGAAUCGCCAAGCUGUGACAUACGUAAGGUGUCAGACUCUGGAGUGGGAUCAACAGAUGACGGAGCAGAUGAUGAGGCACAGUGUACUACAGAUUCGGUGAAGGAGGACAAAUCACCCUCUGCGACAGGUUCGUCUAAAGACCAGCAACUGGACCUGCAGGAAAGUGCAAUGGACUGUUCAAAUGAGGCGAUCAGCGAGGGCGAAACGAAGUCAAUACGUGGUGCUACCCUUGACGAAGAAAUGAUGUACUUGUCUGACAGUCUAUCAGCUCUGUCCAUCGAACGGGGAGCAUCUCCAACGGAAUGCCAUAUGAGCGAUUGUCACGAGACACCAUCUCCCGCAAGCUCAUAUGAUUUGGAUUUUCUACCUCAACGGCGAAAGCGGAGAAAGCAGCGCGCAAAGGACGUUGAGGACACCGAGUUGGCGUGCAAGAGAACCAAGGUCCGCAAACAUUGUGAGAGUCCCGUUCAAACUGAUAGUGGAGAAAGUGCCUCAUUUGAUGUUCAAGAUCACAAACAAGGAUCGGCCGAAUACUGUGCAAGUCCCGUUCAAUCGGACAGCGAGGCAAAUCCUUCAUCCGUGUUUGGAGCAAGCGAGCAAGGAUCGCCCAAGACUCCAUGUCCGAUAGACUGCAUGAAAACCGGGCAAGCAAUCUUUUCGAUUUCGCGUGGAGUUCAAACUGUUACCUGCCAAAUGGACGGACCGGUAACAAUCCCGUCAAUAGAGUCGCCGGAAGCAUCAGGACGAUCACGGCCCCUCCUUUUGACCAGAAGAAGAGGUCGCUAUAAGGACCCUGUGUACCUUCCAAAAUCAUAUACCAAAUCCCAACGGCUGACACACCAAGGUCGAGAGCUCGGUGUUAGUAGGCCAAGAUAUGUCAGUAUGACUCGGCCCGUGCUUAGGAGCAGAGUUGCAUCUUGGCCUCUGAAUCAAGCCGAGCAAGAGAGCUUUGAACAAGACGACCUUCGGCAGGAGAACAAAGAAACGCUGUUAGUGUCACCAGCUCCGAACCAUGGGAACGAGUCUUUGGAAGCUGAAGCUGACGCCGGUCCCGGACUAAAAACAGUUUCACAUAAACCUCCUUCCCGCUUCGGCUACAGGUUGCAAAGUGACGGCAAGGUUACCAAUUCAAUGAAGAAACAGGGGAUCCCUGCGUUUUCUCGCACCAUCAUGGAAGGAAAGUGGUGGCUGCCCUUUAUGACGGUGUUAGUCCUGUUGCUGUCCAUACUCUCCAUACUCUCUCCCGACGGAGAGCGUCAAUCGUGGAAUAGAGUCAAUAUGAUGCCACACGAUGCCCUGACAAAUUUGCGCAAAUGUCGAGACUCUCGAUGUAAAGUGGCGCUGGCUGCUGAGUGGGAGAUUGUUCGAAGGACCGACUCUGAUCUCUUGUCUUUUGGGUGA